AUGCAUCGAGCAAACGUUCAGUCUCCCGCAAACUCUGAAUGGUGUCCGUUGACCAAUUGGCUUACUCUACUUGUCGCAGACACCUCAGCUGCCUCUGGGAUCGGCGUGCUGAGCCCUCCCCAUUCGGCCUUCCAGCCUUCGCCCGUCGACAAGACCCCCUCACCCACUACGACAUCCCAUCUACUGCCACAGCCCCUUGUCUCUCCUACCAGCAACGGGAACAUGAGCGUGGCCUCGAUGGUCUCUCCCACGACGCCCGGAAGCGCCGAUCCCCGGCGCUUCGACCGACCACAAUCACUAGACUCGGCGCCGAACAGCGCCGGCUUCUUGAAUGGGGACGAGGCCUUGUCGAGAAGGGAGAGCGUUGACAGCAGGAUUAACCAGGGCUUCCACGACAUGAGGUUGGGCAACUCGCCCUACGCCAGCCACAAUCCGUCGACGACAUCAAUUCACACAACACUCCAGCAGCACCGAAACACGCGACCAGGUCUUGAUAACCUUGCGGUCCACCGUAUUUCGAACGGGUACCAACCGAGUGCCGAGCGCAAUCCCGACGGGCACCCCAAGACGAUGAGGAUCGCACCAGCCAUUACCGGACCAGCCACAAGCCAGAUCGCCCGGGCAGCGGAGCCGACCAAGGGCCAGGCAUGGGCUUUCCCAGAAGAAGAGAUCCAGAGGAUGCCCUCCGGCGCGGCUCCGUCGCUGAUAGACUCGAGGAGGAGCAGCAUUGCCGAAUCUUUUGCCAGCAGCCAAUAUACGACCGAAUCCCGGCUCCCGCCAGGACAAAGGCGGUUGGAGGACCCUUACCACAGGCUGUCAAACGCGUCCGGCGAAUACUCCACAGUCCACCACCACACGCUGCAACACAAGCAGCUGGGAGAUUUGCGGAACGAAGAGACGGGCGUUCACACGGGCACGCAGCCGUACAGCCGGACGCCCGAGCUCCGUGUGAGCCACAAGCUGGCCGAGCGGAAGCGGCGCACUGAGAUGAAGGAGCUUUUUGAUCAGCUGCGAGAUCUGAUGCCCCAAGAGCGAGGCUCCAAGGCGUCGAAGUGGGAAAUUCUGACCAAAGCCAUCUCGGAGCACCAACGACAAAACGACCUCAUCCGGCAGCUCCAAAGCAUCAAUGCGACGCAGCAGAACGAGAUUGAACUGCUGCGACGAGAGCUGGAUCGGAUGCAUGGGGCGGCGCAUUCCCGGCCAGCUGCGGACCAGUACGCGCAGGAGCAGUAUGGCAGGCCACGGCCCCCAGAGUUACCGCCGCUCCGGUCGCUGCAGUCGCCCACGGGACACACGGGGCCCGAGUCGAUGACGGGCGUGCAAUAUGAGCCGCCCAGGGUGAACGGCUACCGGCCUGCCGAGCCCUCCAGGUUUUAG